AUGGCCGAACCGGUUGUCGAAACAGCUCGAGGAGACGCCGCGACGCAUCGACGUGACGCCCUUCUUCCGACCCCUGAUCGAGAGAGCACGGAUAGUGGUCGGGAGUCGCUCGACGCGUUCCUUGCCGGCGACGAGCUCCUCGGCGACCACACAGCAGCGCGAGAGUUCGCCGUCGUUGCGGGCGAGACCCGGUGGUGGAAGAUCUACAGCCUGCAUUUCUUGUUCAUGUGGAAUAUACGGACCUUCGAAUACGUGUCGCUUCAGCGUUUCCCCAUAGUCUUACGGCCGCUUCAAUACGGUGCGCUCCACCCAGCUCCCCUAAUCCAUAUUAUAUCGUGUGCUUACAGAUGCAGUGGCAUCGUCUCGACACUCUCAUCUAUUCUCUUUGCAUCUUCAGUAGGCUCUUGGAUCGAUAAGUCUAAUAACAGAACGACGCCAUUGCGCAUAAGCAUUAUAGUGAAUCAUGGCGCAAUCGUACUCACCUAUGUCGCUUGGAUUCUGUGGCCAGCUGUUGCUGACCACGAUUCAACGUUCGCCAGGAACAUUUUAUUCGUGGCCAUUCUCGUUCUGGAUAUCCUCCAAGUCCUCAGUGCAACGGGCAACAGCCUCUCACUUAGCAGAGACUGUAUCCCUGUGUUGACUGAUGCUACAUCGCCACACACAUUGACCCAGGUCAACGCAGUCAUUGCAAGAGUAAACCUGUUCUGCAAAAUUGCAUCGCCGUCGCUCCUCCCAAUUAUCGUGAAUGCUUACUCAAGAAGUACCUGGAUAAGUAUCAUCGCCCUGUCUACCGUCGUCGUGUGGACCGCUGAGAUGUAUUGUCUAAGCCAUGUUUCGCGAGAGAAUCCUCGCUUAACGUUGCCGAAAGAUCAGGACUUGCUAUUGGAUGGUGCUCUCGAGGGAGAAGUAUACGGCCAUGAGGCUCCCCUCAUUUCGAAGGCCCAUUCACUACUCUAUGAAGGACCGGCUUUCCGCCUCCGACACUUCUUCUCGAUCGCCGUUUGGCCGGCCUCAAUCACUAUGGCUUUCCUCUACCUUACGGUCCUCGUCUACUCAGCAGCGCUCAUCACAUACCUCUUACAUUCAGGAGUCCCUUUGAGUGUUGUCACUCUAGCUCGCACUUCUGGGAGCUUGAUGGGGUUUGUCGCAACUUUCACCACUCCCGUCGUGGGCCGAUACUUGACUGGCAGACUACCUGCUGGCUCUGCGAACGGAACCAUUACACGAAAACUGAGCUCUUGGGGCAUCACCGGGCAGUUUCUUGCGCUGAUACCUGUUGUAUUCGUACUUUGGAAUCUCUCGCCAAGUGCUCCAACAGAAAGCAGCAGCACCACCUCAACAGCUUCCCAAGUUAGCAUCCGAACCAUGUUCACCCUUUUCGGAUUCCUCUCCCUAUCGAGACUCUUCCACUGGACCUACUCACUUAUGGAGCAAGAAAUCGAGCAAAGCGAAGUGCCCGCCUCACAGCGCUCGACCUUCUCUGGCACAGGCGAAUCUCUUCGCUCGUGUUUUGAUCUGGCGCACUGGACGGCUACUGUUGUGUGGAGUCGGCCGGAAGAAUUCAAAGGGCUCGCCGGCGCAACUGGGCGAGGAGGAGCCGGCCGGGAUGUGUAUGAGUUGCGACACUUGGUCCAGUGGCCACCGAUUUUGCCACUUGCGAGGUUGAUGGGAAUCUAUGGAACCGGAGCUGACGGGGGAGCGAUACCAUGCGAGUCACAAAUCCUUGGCAAGAAAACACCUUUUGCCGAAGAAUUUUGCCACGCUUUGCUUUAUAUAUCUCUCCGCGAACAACAAAAAGUUGUUUGGCAACUAAGCAUCAUGUUAUUCGAGACCAGGAAAGAUGCGACGACCGCCGUCGGUCUGGCUGCAGCCCUGAUCAUCAUUUGGGCCUCUCUCAUCAAAAUUCGGGGCCCAGGCCUCUUCUACGAACCGCAACCCAGCCUGGAACUUCUCGCCGGCGACGACAGCAGGUUCCUGCACCAGGCGAUGAAUGUCGAAUUCCCGGCUCCGAUUGAUUACGAGCCCAUUCGGGAAGUGUGCACGCGGCACCCAUCGAAUUUCCGGCCUGGAUUGGUGUUUACGUGCGAGGAGCAGCAUGGUGGCGUCGGUAUGGUUCGCAAUCAGAUUCUGAAAUGCAUAAGGUAUGCGAUUCACGGAGGUGCUGCGGUUGUCAUCCCUUCUAUGGCGAAGCGGAAUCCGGGCAAUAUUUCCGACAUCGAGACGAGCAACGAGGUGCCGUUGGAGCACAUGUUUGAUCGCAAAGCCUUUAUCGAUCAUCUGACCAAAGCAUGCCCUGGAAUGCGUCUUUACCAUCGCGUCGAAGACUUCCCGUUCUACAACCAACGAGCGGGAGAGCCUCUAUCUCUGCGAGGAGACCAAUUCGAGCCAGACCAUCCCCGGACCGGUCUCCAGCAGCCCCAGAAGUGGCGACGCUUCUUUGAUACGUGGCUCGAGCAGCAGCAAGUCAUGAUCAGCUCGAAGGCCCCGGUCCAUGUCAAGAUCGAGCAGACGUACAUCGAGUAUCCUGUGCACCACGACAGCACCGCCUUCGCCGCCGAAUUUGGCAAAAUCCUUUCCUUCCGACGAGACACGCAGGCUCUGGCAGCCCGGGUCCUUUACCAACUGAAGCAACAAUUUUCACUGCCCAUCGACCCACGCAAGGCCAUCAACCCGGAUGCCUUCUAUGGUGCGCACCUCCGGCUCGAGAGGGAUGCCGUCUGGGCCUGGGACCCGGAGCACUGGCGCUUCUCUCGAAUGCAGGACCAAUUCGAGCAGCAGUUCCAGAACAUCAUGCGCACCAAUCUCCGCAUCGUCUACGUUGCGAGCGGGAACCAGACCGUGGUCGAUCUCUUCGCUCAGUAUCUCGACAAGCGCAUCGCCGAGGAGUCCAAAGUGGCCCCAGACGGCUCCCUCGCGCCGCGGAACGUCACGGUGGUGACCAAAUACGAUCUCCUCACGGGCCACGACCGGGAUCGGCUCGAGGCGAUGGGCUUCGACCAGCAGGGGCUCGUCGACUUCCUGAUCAUGUUCAAGGCGAGCGCGUUCAUGGGGGUCGCGCACUCCAGCUUCCCGUGGACCGUGGCCCUGCGGCGCCACGAGCUGAGCCAAUACCCCGAGUACGCGAACCUGGGCUCGGAUAUCCUCCAGGACGAGUACAGCACCAUCAUGGGCACGCGGGCGGAUUACCCUUACGUCGAUCCAUUCGAGUUUGGUCUCUGGCCCGAAAUACGCCCUACGCCAAACGCUAUCGCGCAGUGGACACACGGCGUUGUGGACUACGUCCGUUCCGUUCCGGCUCGACCAGCCGACGAGCGAGCACCAGCUAGGUAUAUCGCCGUUCAGUAA